GGAUUGUAAAAAUGGUGCCAUAUAAAAAAAAAAAAACAUUCACACUGAAAGCAUAUUUAUAUAUAUUGUAUUAUAUAAGACGAAAAAUCAAAACCAAGACUGAACGAGUAUCUCAGUAACAAAAUAUUGAGCAAGAUGCUUUCCAUCAUUUUCAUUGGUUUGUUGUUGAUGCUUGGCACAGUUGAAGCUGCUACCAGUGACUUGCCUCAACAAAUAAAAGUAAAGGAAAAUCAAAACCCUGGCACUGUUGUUGUAACUGUUGAAGUGACUGGAAACAAUUUCCCUAAAUUAAUUUUAGUGGGAGAUAUACUGAAAUAUAUAAAAGUAGUAGAUAAUCCUUCUUGUACUAAUACUGCAUCAUGUAACAAGUUUGAUUUGGUUACCAUAAAAGAAAUUGACAGAGAAAAAGUUCCGAACGGAUUUGUUUUGUUUACUCCUGAGUUUAUGGAUGGCUCAGUAGGUGGUUUAUGUGCCUUAAUAAUUCUUGAUGAAAAUGAUAAUGUUCCAGUUUUCGGAAGUCAAUGCUAUAAAGCAACAAUACCAGAGGAUUUUCCAGUAAACAAUACAAUACCAAAUUUGCAGAUAACAGCUAUUGAUGCUGAUUACAAUCCCAUUCAAGAAUAUUCUUUGAUACCUGCUGGCCAGAAUUCAAAAGGAAUUGAAGACUACAUGAAAAUUGAUAAAUAUAAAGGUGUCAUCACAGUAGUAAAAGCACUGGACUAUGAAACAAGAAACUUUUUGAAUAUACAGUACAAGUAUCUGAUGAAAUGUUUACAGCAAAUGCUUCUGUAUGGAUCCAAGUUAAGGAUGUUCAAGAUAUGCCACCAGCAUUUAUACAUUCCUGUUGUGUUGAGAAAAUCAAGGAAAAUUCAAACAAGGGAACUCUCAUCACUACAGUGACAGCUGAAGAUCAAGACAGAGGCAUACCGAAUGAUAUUGGUUAUGAAAUUAUUAAUGAUUCUUGUUCAGCCUUUUCUAUUUCCAAUAACAGUGGUGAAAUCAGAAUUGAAUCUGAUAAUCUUGACCGAGAAGAUCCUGUAAUUGAUAAACUGAAUGGCGUCUGUACUGUUGAAAUAAAGGCUUAUGAAAUAAAAAAUAACCAAAAAGGUGAUAGUGUCACGAAAAACAUCACAAUAUUUGUAGAAGAUGUGAAUGACAAUGAUCCCUUGUUCAAUAAAAAU